AUGUCGUCGCCGCAGAAGGUCACCUUUCUCUCCCGCAACUAUAAGAUCGCGGGACUCUUUUAUCCUCCAGUGGCCAAUUCGCCCGACCGCUCCGGUGCUGCCAUUGUCAUUUGUCACCCCUGGACUUCCAUCAAAGAACAGUCACCUGCCAAUUAUGCUCGUGUUCUGACUCAGGGCGGAUUCUCCUGUCUCACUUAUGACGCCGCGUACCAAGGCGAGUCGGAGGGCGAACCGCGAGAUUUGGAGGACCCUUACCAACGUGUCGAGGAUAUCAAGAGCGGAGUGACGUAUCUGGUCAGCCGAAAGGAUGUCAACUCUGAUAAGAUUGGGGUGCUGGGUAUUUGUGCAUCGGGUGGCUAUGCGCCCUUCGCAGCCCAGACCGAUCUACGCAUCAAGGCUUGCGCCACCGCAGCUGCGGUCUGCGUCGGCACAAUGGCUCGUCGGGGAUUCGACAAGGACUCCUCCAACUUGGACAUCUUGAAAACUCAACUUGAGACCGCUGGCAAAGACCGAAAUAGUGAUAUCGGCGGCGAAAAGGUCCCCAUUGUCCACAUGCUCCCCGAGAAACCGGAAUAUGCCCCUGCAGAAUUCCCAGAGUCUUUCCGAGACUUGAUGAACUAUUACCGCACUCCUCGAGCGUUCCACCCACGCGCCACCAACACCUGCCUACCGCGCAGUUGGGACCUCAUGGGAAAUUUCGAUGCCUUUGCCCACAAUGAUAUGAUUAGUCCGCGACCCUUGCUGAUGAUCACCGGCACCAAGGCUGCGACUAAAUGGUAUAGCGAGGACGGUGUACAGAAGGCAAAAGAGCCCAAAGAGCUAUACGUUGUGGAUGGUCUGACACAUGCUGACCUCUAUGACAAGGUUGAUAAAGCUGGUGCUAAAUGUGUUCAGUUCUUUGGAAAGAAUCUGGCCUAA